AUAUAGUGAAUGCAGGGUUCGGGGAGAGCGGAUAUAGUGAAUGCAGGGUCCCGGGAGAGCAGAUAUAGUGAAUGCAGGGUCCGGGGAGAGAGGAUAUAGUGAAUGCAGGGUCCAGGGAGACCAGAUAUAGUGAACGCAGGGGUCCAGGGAGACCAGAUAUAGUGAAUGCAGGGUCCGGGGUGACCAGAUAUAGUGCAUGCAGGGUCUGGGGAGACCAGAUAUAGUGAAUGCAGGGUUCGGGGAGAGACCAGAUAUAGUGAAUGCAGGGUUCGGGGAGACCAGAUAUAGUGAAUGCAGGGUCCGGGGUGCCCAGAUAUAGUGAAUGCAGGGUCC